AUGUUUGAACCCGAAUUGAAAUGGGCCUCUUGCAGGAAAGGAAUUCAGAACGAUGCAGAAUUUCUUGAGAAAAACCUGGGCUCAUUUGUAGAGCAGGCUACCUUCACAGACCUGGAAGCUUUCAAUAUCUCCAUCACUGGUGCCAUUUCACAGCUCCGUCCUUCUCAGUUGGCACAAGUUCUACAGAGCUCAGGGAACAUCAAUAAUACAGACACAGUCAGGCUCGUAUUUGACCGGCUCGAGCAGGGCGAUGGCUUUGAAAAUGUGGAGGUUUUGCUCACUGAACUCACAGAAAAUGCACCGAAUAUUGUGAUUGAGUCCAGUGCAAGAGAUCUCGCAAUGAAUCGGACCUUUGACCUCAUCGCGCCCCGUCUUCCAAGCUUCAGUGAAAAUGAGUGGAACCGGUGGUUCCUCGAUUUGCUAAGACCUUGUCUCGCAAGCUUCAACCCGAUGAUGCUCAUGAAUGUAACAUCGUUCAUAAACUGCACAAACUAUCGUGCUGUUGUGAGGGGGCUGAGCCAUGUUUACCCCACAACACCUCCAGGAAGACAAAGAGCAAAUGCUGCAGUUUUGCUCAACUUCUUGAAGGAUUCUGCCCGUGAAUUCAACACACCAGCUUGCAGGAAAGGAAUUCAGAAUGAUGCAGAAUUUCUUGAGAAAAACCUGGGCUCAUUUGUAGAGCAGGCUACCUUCACAGACCUGGAAGCUUUCAACAUCUCCAUCACUGGUGCCAUUUCACAGCUCCGUCCUUCUCAGUUGGCACAAGUUCUACAGAGUUCAGGGAACAUCAAUAAUACAGACACAGUCAGGCUCGUAUUUGACCGGCUUGAGCAGGGCGAUGGCUUUGAAAAUGUGGAGGUUUUGUUCACUGAACUCACAGAAAAUGCACCGAAUAUUGUGAUUGAGUCCAGUGCAAGAGAUCUCGCAAUGAAUCGGACCUUUGACCUCAUCGCGCCCCGUCUUCCAAGCUUCAGUGAAAAUGAGUGGAACCGGUGGUUCCUCGAUUUGCUAAGACCUUGUCUGGCAAGCUUCAACCCGUUGAUGCUCAUGAAUGUAACAUCGUUCAUAAACUGCACAAACUAUCGUGCUGUUGUGAAGGGGCUGAGCCAUGUUUACUCCACAACACCUCCGGAAAGACAAAGAGCAAAUGCUGCAGUUUUGCUCAACUUCUUGAAGGAUUCUGCCGGUGAAUUCAACACACCAGCUUGCAGGAAAGGAAUUCAGAACGAUGCAGAAUUUCUUGAGAAAAACCUGGGCUCAUUUGUAGAGCAGGCUACCUUCACAGACCUGGAAGCUUUCAACAUCUCCAUCACUGGUGCCAUUUCACAGCUCCGUCCUUCUCAGUUGGCACAAGUUCUACAGAGCUCAGGGAACAUCAAUAAUACAGACACAGUCAGGCUCGUAUUUGACCGGCUCGAGCAGGGCAAUGGCUUUGAAAAUGUGGAGGUUUUGCUCACUGAACUCACAAAAAAUGCACCGAAUAUUGUGAUUGAAUCCAGUGCAAGAGAUCUCGCAAUGAAUCGGACCUUUGACCUCAUCGCGCCCCGUCUUCCAAGCUUCAGUGAAAAUGAGUGGAACCGGUGGUUCCUCGAUUUGCUAAGACCUUGUCUGGCAAGCUUCAACCCGUUGAUGCUCAUGAAUGUAACGUCGUUCAUAAACUGCACAAACUAUCGUGCUGUUGUGAAGGGGCUGAGCCAUGUUUACUCCACAACACCUCCGGAAAGACAAAGAGCAAAUGCUGCAGUUUUGCUCAACUUCUUGAAGGAUUCUGCCGGUGAAUUCAACACACCAGCUUGCAGGAAAGGAAUUCAGAACGAUGCAGAAUUUCUUGAGAAAAACCUGGGCUCAUUUGUAGAGCAGGCUACCUUCACAGACCUGGAAGCUUUCAACAUCUCCAUCACUGGUGCCAUUUCACAGCUCCGUCCUUCUCAGUUGGCACAAGUUCUACAGAGCUCAGGGAACAUCAAUAAUACAGACACAGUCAGGCUCGUAUUUGACCGGCUCGAGCAGGGCAAUGGCUUUGAAAAUGUGGAGGUUUUGCUCACUGAACUCACAAAAAAUGCACCGAAUAUUGUGAUUGAAUCCAGUGCAAGAGAUCUCGCAAUGAAUCGGACCUUUGACCUCAUCGCGCCCCGUCUUCCAAGCUUCAGUGAAAAUGAGUGGAACCGGUGGUUCCUCGAUUUGCUAAGACCUUGUCUGGCAAGCUUCAACCCGUUGAUGCUCAUGAAUGUAACGUUGUUCAUAAACUGCACAAACUAUCGUGCUGUUGUGAAGGGGCUGAGCCAUGUUUACUCCACAACACCUCCGGAAAGACAAAGAGCAAAUGCUGCAGUUUUGCUCAACUUCUUGAAGGAUUCUGCCGGUGAAUUCAACACACCAGCUUGCAGGAAAGGAAUUCAGAACGAUGCAGAAUUUCUUGAGAAAAACCUGGGCUCAUUUGUAGAGCAGGCUACCUUCACAGACCUGGAAGCUUUCAACGUCUCCAUCAUGUGA